AGACUUUAAAAUCACAAAACAUGGGUAACCAAUCAACUAAAUCAACACACGGUACCACACGGGUAUCUCAUUCAAAGUCAGCUCAUCAUAAUUCAAGUAGGGUCACCAGUGACGUCAUUCCAAGAUCAGCUUCAGCGAUUUCUUCUCAUGAGAGAUUUUUCUCUGAUUCCCAAUCAUCCUCACCUCCGGCAGUCUGCCCAGUAUCCGCUCCAGGAAAAUAUCGAAAUUUUCCAGGAAAAGACGUUCCGCCAAUUUGUCUAACUGAUGAAUACAAUAAUUCAGACGAUGAGGUUUUCUGUUCGACACGGACUUCAAAACAAUCACCUUUGGCUACAGGCUGUCCACGUCAGAAUUUGGGCUCUCCAGGCAAUCGGCGAUCAGUGGAUUCAACAAAUUCGGAUUUACUUGAAGCAGUCACACCUCGAAGCCAUAUAUCUGUGAAACGUACAGUCAGCAGCGGGACAGAGCAUGCUCCAGAUCAUGCGAAUAUGCAAAAGAGUAGCUCCUUGAAGUUUACCAGACCAGGUGUUCGGAGUGAGACAAAGGAGACAACUCCAUCGACUAGCUCAAAUCCAACAAUGUUCCCAUGCAUUCAUCAAUUUCUUCACCUUACGCAGCCUCAAAUAUUGUUUGUGAGGAAAACUUGGAAUCAUGCAAGAAAUCAAGGCGCCCUGGAACCAGCGAUCAGUAUCUUUCGAAACUCGUUUUUCAAAAAUCCCGAAAUUCGGCAAAUGAUAAUGUUUGGAACUAAAAAUGAAGGACAUGAAAGGUUAAAGAAACAUGCUCAACUAUUUACUGUACUUAUGGAUGACCUAAUUGCAAAUCUUGAUUCACCGUCAGCUACAGUAGCUGGACUCCGAGAGGCUGGUGAGAAACAUGUUUGGCCAACAAGAAAUCAAUACGGCUGCCCAUUCCACGCACAUCUUCUUGACCAGUUUGCAACUGCAAUGAUUGAAAGAACUUUGGAAUGGGGAGAAAAGAAAGAUCGAACAGAGACAACUCAAAGAGGAUGGACGAAAAUUGUAUUAUUCGUGACAGAACAACUGAAGGAAGGUUUUCAGGAUGAACAGAAGAGGGCAAGACGGAUAAAGGCUCAAAUUAAAACCAGCGCGGGAAGCAGUUCUUUCGAAAUAUCAACAAAAACGAAGCAAAGCGACAUGAAACGAUUCCAUACAUUGGAUAAUAUGUAAAAAAGCUCAAUUUGUGUGAUUUCUUUUCAGGGUCAUAGGUGAUAAUUAAUAAUCCGGUUUCCAAUUGUUAUGAGCAUUUUUUUUGUUAUAAAGCAAUUUAUUGAAUAAAAUGCCAUUUAUUUU